AUGCCCGUGGCGACACAAGCCAGUGGUCGAGAUAUCCUGUUACGUCGCGACGCUUCGUCCUCUCGCAUCUUGCCGGGUGCUCUCAGCGCUUCAUCCUCCUCUGAUCGCAGCACAAAUAGCGAGGGACAAUACAUCGAGCGCGCAAGAACGAGCUCAUACGAUCGCUCCGAGACGAAUCUGCCCAGAGGUCAGAUUUGUGUCGAGGAAGAGUUCAAGCAUCCACUCUCUGCACAGGCAGACCGCACGCCUGCCUACGACAGCUGUUUGGGAGGCAUUGGUGGCCAGGGAGGCGUAUCAGCUAUCCCGCUCGAGCACUCAAAGGAGUCCAGGAAAGGCGGCAAAGCGUCAAAGAGAGGCUCGACACAGAGCCUUGCCGACACGUCUGAAGCAGGGACCGAUACGCGUCGAAACAGCACCAGUGCAGGCAUCAUCUGGCCAACAGCUACGACAAGGAAGGACGCCGACGCGUCACGCUCGCCAAAAGCAUCUAGCAAGCGGCGUUCUGACGACGUGAUCGUUCUGAGCAAAGAGCCUCGUCAGCGUGCGCAAUCGACUCAAGACAAAAUUGAGCCCGCAAAGCUCAAGAAGAGCCUCAGCUCGAAGCCUGCUCGUCCUGCGCCUGCAUCCAGCAAAGAGCUGCGGUCCGACAAACUCAGUACGUCGCCAAAGCGUGCUGCGAAGCGACAUAGCGUCGAUUCUGCCUUGGCAGAUUCAGAGCAAACUUCACCCUCGCGGCGCGACAAGAGCUCGUCCUCCCGGACCAAGAUCGCCAGCAACAGUCAAUCGAACGCAUCGAAGAGGCAUUCGGCAUCAUCUCUGAGUGGUUCCAAGCCCUCAAAAGCGGCUCCUGCAACCUCUGUCAUCAGUCAAAACUUGACUUCCCCAAUUUCUCGCGUCAUGACGCCCAGCGCAAGCACCCGUUCACCCGUCCUGUUGAACAUCAAGACCGGAGUCAGCGAGAUGAAUGAGAAGGGCAAAGGGCGAGGUGACGCGCCUCUGACAUCGCCAAUAACGCAGGCUCGAUCGCCGACUGUCAGCUCAAAAGCGAGACCAUCGGCGGCAGUAUCUGCGCAUCCGGAUCUCCAGCCCUCAGGAGGCCCUGUCUCACGCAACCUGACAUCGACAGGAUCAGGAUCCAGAGACAAAUCGCCUUGCGGAUCAUGUGGCGAAGCUAUACAUGGACAAUUCGUUCGCGCUCUCGGUGCUGUCUACCAUCUCGAUUGUUUCAGAUGUCAAGACUGUCAGACGGUCGUAGCGCAGAAAUUUUUCCCUGUCGAUGGCGCCAAUGGCAAGCAAUACCCGCUCUGCGAGAAAGACUACUUCAAGAGACUGAAUCUCAUUUGUGCAAAAUGCGGCAAUGCCCUGCGAGGCAGCUACAUCACAGCCCUCGAUAUGAAGUUUCACGUCGAGCAUUUCACUUGCUCAGUCUGUCCGACCGUCUUUGGGCCAUCGGAUUCGUAUUACGAACACAGUGGACAAGUCUACUGUCACUUUCAUUACUCGACGCGGUUCGCAACAAAAUGCUCCGGGUGUAAAUCAGCCAUCUUGAAGCAAUUUGUCGAAAUCAACAGAAACAAUAAUGAUGAACAUUGGCAUCCCGAAUGCUACAUGAUCUCAAAGUUCUGGAAUGUGCGCUUAGCGCAAACAACGCAGACGCGGAAAGGAUCGACCUCUCCAGAGAACAGCGAAGCGACCGAUGAGGCUGAAAAGCUCAUACAAAGUCGGAGCACCAUCAAUGACUCACCUCUCCCAGACGACGAUUACCGGGCGAUCGAAGCUCGAGAGACGCCAACAACACUCAAGGAGAAUCAAAAGGCAAUCGAAGCUCAAGUCUUCAAGAUCUGGACGAUAUUGAGCACCUUCGAAGAAUCCAGUGCGGCGUGUAUUUCGGAGAUGUUGCGGCAUGUCAGCAAUGGCGCAUAUCUGGAUGGUGUGCACAUGGCAGAACGCUUCGUUUUGCAUGUCGAAGCGCUUUUUUGCGCCCUUGAUGAUCUCAGCGCGCAGUUUCGGUUGGCUUGCUCACGAGAGAUAUCGCAUGUUAGAGAGGCGCGCAUGCUUUGCAAAAAAAUCGUCAGCUUCUUCUCCCUUCUCUCGCAAACGCAAGAGUCGGGCGAAAAGAAGAUGAGCAUCACGCAAGAUUUGCUGUCGCUUGUCACCGGUCUUGCGCACUAUCUGAAGAUUUUAAUCCGGAUAGCGCUCACUGCUUCGCUUCGGCUCGAACGCGACUACGCGAAUAAGACCGCAAUCUCUUCGUUUUUGGGCAAAUUAGAUCGACUUGCGCGAGACAGUGAUGCGAUCAAGUCGUCUGACAAAGACGUUAACCUCGAGCGGCAACGGUCAUACGGGUACCGUAGUCUGAUCUCCGCAGUCAGCACGAGUAAUGGUCAAGGCGAAGCUGCAUCCGACACAUGCGAAAGCUGUAGCCUCACCAUCGAGGAAGAGUGCGCGAGGCAAGGCACGACCUCGAGGUGGCAUUUGACAUGUAUCAAAUGCGCCGUGUGUAAGCGUACAGCAGGCAAAGAGCGAUCCGCGCCAUCGGACACAACUUUGCCUAUGAAAGAUUUCCGAAUAGAGCCCCAGCCGGCAUCGUCUGAUCAGCGGACGCCUCGAGCACGGCAUGGGCGCAUAUACUGCGUCGAAUGCAGCUCAGCACGGCGGGCAGAAGCAUUCGAGCACGUGACCAGGCUGGAGCAAUACGCCUAUCUGCUUUGCGUCGCGCUCAAUAAGCUGUACCCUCUGUUACGUCAACGCGGUCUUGCGAGCAAGUCGUCCGCUCAGAGCGACAGCGGAUCAAUUCACGAGGUCUAUAAGGACUCAAAUGACAUAAAGCGGAUGAAGGCGGUCAAUCUGAAUAGAAAGAACUCGGCAACAGCUCGCAAGCCGAAGAGGUCGACCGUCAUUGCGAGUCCCUCGCCGCGGUCUGCGCCUACCGAAAGCUCGAGCUCGUCCGGCCGGACGAGCGAAGCGCGAGAUGCGGUGUCAACGACAGCUCCUGGCGUGGCAAGCGCACCGAUAUAUGCGCGUCCGCCGAGAGAGCAGCCGCCUAUGCUUAGUCCGACGCCGGAACCUGUGACGUCUCCCACGCGGCCGACACUAUCUCGGACAACGACGGCUGUCAAGAUAGUGGACGAGCCGUCUCCUGUCUCGGCAAGCGCGCGAGAUGGCGAUACGAUGACGAAUGCGAUCCGAGACUCGAACGGCAUCACUCUGGCCGAUUUGCAUCAAGUAAUGCAGGCUGAGCAGGAGAAGGAAAGGCAUCCCUCUGCGGCACAACACCAAAACAGUGGCAUCUUGCUGUCCGAGCUGUCCGCUCUCGAAUGCUUUAUUGUCAAGCAUGUCGCUGCUUUGACGUUGGCAGAGCUACCGACUUUCCAGGAGAUCGGCGACCUGGAAGACUUGCUCGAUAUUAUAGAAGCGCGCAAGGGCAACUUCUGGGGCAAACUCUUCAAGGGUGGCAAUGAGAAAAAGGCUGUUAAGAAGAAAGGCGUCUUCGGCGUGCCGUUGGAAGUGCUGAUCGAACGUCACGGCGUUGAUUCUUUGCACGGCUGCAGUCCGGUGCCUGUCAGAGUGCCCAGCUUUGUAGAUGAUCUCAUUUCGGCCAUGAAGCAGAUGGAUAUGUCGAUCGAAGGCGUGUUUCGGAAGAACGGAAACAUUCGGCGGCUCAAGGAAUUGACGGAUGCGCUCGAUAGAGAUCCUACAAGCGUCAACUUCCAAGACGACAAUCCGGUACAACUAGCUGCCUUGCUGAAGAAGUUCCUAAGAGAGCUGCCCGAUCCACUGAUGACGUUCAAGUUGCAGAAUCUGUGGCUUUCAAGUCAAAAGGUCCGGAAUGAAGCGGACAGGAAGCGGAUCAUCCAUCUCAUUUGCUGCCUCUUGCCAAAAGCGCAUCGCGAUACACUGGAGGUCAUCUUUGUCUUCCUCGAAUGGGUUGCCUCCUUCUCGCACGUCGAUGAAGAGACUGGCAGCAAGAUGGAUCUGCACAAUCUUGCAACUGUCAUCUGCCCGAACAUUCUCUAUGCCAGAGGCAAAGACCCAUCGCGCGACGAGAGCUUCCUUGCGAUUCAAGCCGUGCAUGACCUCUUGCAGCAUCAGAACGAGUUCUGGCAGACGCCUGAAGAAUUUGUGGCGAUACUCGAGGAUCAAGAGCUCUUCUCGAACCCAAGCGAGCUAACCUCGAAGGAUAUUCUACGCCGCUGCGAAUACUUCAUCCGAGCGCAAGAGAAGGCGCGCGAACAGCAGCAAGUCGCCCAGCCUCGCCAGCCCAUUCGAUCGCGCGGCGAGGUACAGGCUAGCUCACCAUCUGUCUUCCAGUCGCCUUCUUACGCAUCUCAAGAUGGCCACAAUGGCGCACCACUCGCCUCACCUCGUUCUGUCGAGCGAAACCCGUAUGGCAGCUUGUCCGAGCAACCCCACACGAACGGACACGGCACAUCUGCCAUGCGUCCGCAAGGCUCUACGUCGACAUUCUCACCGCCUCCGUCACGUGGUCAAUCGCCGUUCGUGUACAGCGGCUCUCCCCGCGAGCCGGGCUACCUAUGA